ACAGCAGCAGCUCGCUAGCUAGCUUUGUAGCAGCCACCACCUCGAUCAAAACAUUCGAUCGAGCUAGCAGCAGCUACAGAGGCGAGCUGAUCGGGGAUCAGAUGGCGAGGCUCAACGCCGUUCUACCUCUGUGCGUGGCACUGCUCGCCGUCCUCGCCGGGCAGUCGGCCGCCGGCCGGUACUACUCGGACAAAGUCCAGGACAAGGUGAGGAAGGAGGUGGAGAAGGCCAUGGCGUACAACCCCAGCGUCGGCCCCGCCCUCGUCCGCUUGGUGUUCCAUGACUGCUGGGUCAAUGGUUGUGAUGGAUCCGUGCUCCUGGACAAGACGCCCACCGACGGCACCAACACCGAGAAGAAGGCCGUCAACAACAUCGGCCUCGCGGGCUUCGAGGUCAUCGACACCAUCAAGCAGAAGGUCGGCGCCGCCGCCUCCUGCGCCGACAUCCUCGCGUUCGCGGGGCGCGACGCGGCAGACAUCCUCAGCGGCGGCAAGAUCUUCUACACCAUCCCGGCCGGCCGCAAGGACGGCGUCGUCUCCUCCGCCGCGGCCGCGGACGCCAACCUCCCGGAGUCCACCUUCGACUUCGGCCAGCUGCAGACCAACUUCGCCGCGCCCGGCCGGAACUUCAGCGUCGAGGAGCUCGUCGUCCUCUCCGGCGCGCACUCCAUCGGCGUCGCGCACCUCUCGUCCUACCGGGACCGCCUCGGCGCCGACGCCACGCCCAUCGACUCCGACUACCAGUCGGCGCUCGUCAAGGCCACGCCCCCGGAGCUGCUGGGCAGAGGGCAGAACCCGACGGUGCCCAACAACCCCCGUGACGCGAGCGCCGCGUUCCAGAAGGACGCCGCCUACGACCCCGCGGCCGUGGGGGUGAGCCCCACCAGGGGCGUCCUGGACAACAGCUACUACCACAACAACCUCAUCAACAAGGUGCUCUUCAAGUCCGACUGGGUGCUGCGCACGGACGGCUUCGCCGCCAGCAAGCUGCAGGAGUACAAGGACAACGCGCCGGAGUGGAACUCCGACUUCGCCGCCGCCAUGGUCAAGCUCAGCAACCUGCCCGCACAGGGCAAGAAUCUGGAGAUCAGGAAGAACUGCAGGUUCACCAACCAGCAGUACUACUACUAGUAUACUAGACCAAGGCCUUGCUUCAACGACGACAUGCGCGUGGAGCCAAUAAUCCAAUAUCUAGCUGCAUCAGUUACAAUUCUAUUGGUGUUUUACUUUUACCCUUCCCUUCAAUUCAUUCUAACGGUUUACUACUUACAGCUAGUGUGUACGCGUUGUCUUCCACAAUAUAUGAACUAUUUUAUAGGUCAUCUGAUGUAUUUUCGUUAAAGAAAGAAACAAUGCUCUGAAAUAUAUGGUCAUGUGACUACAUUGUCCAA